AUGGUAAAAUCCUUGACUAAGACCUCAAAAAUAUUCAAGAAGAUGCCUCAGAGAACCACUCAGUCAAAUACCAGUGCAUCUAAGAAGCUUAAGGGUGUCGUUCUGCGGCAGACUCAGCUCGAGCCCAGGCAGACAAGCACUUAUUUCACAAGGAUUUNGACCGAGGCCCUGUCCCUGGAAGUCCCCAAGCCGUCGGGACUGGAGCCUGGCCCUGCCGCCUACGGUCUCAAGCCACUGAACCCCAACAGCAAGUACGUGAAGCUGAACGUGGGAGGCUCGCUGCACUACACCACGCUGCGCACCCUCACGGGUCAGGACUCCGUGCUCAAGGCCAUGUUCAGCGGCCGGGCCGAGGUGAUCACGGAUGCCGGAGGAUGGGUCCUGAUUGACAGGGGCGGCCGCCAUUUUGGUACAAUUCUCAACUACCUGCGGGACGGGUCCGUGCCACUGCCUGAGAGUCCCCAAGAACUGGGGGAGCUGCUAGGCGAAGCUCGCUACUACCUGGUACAGGGCCUGAUUGAGGAUUGCCAGCUGGCCCUGCAGCAAAAGAGGGAGAACCUGUCCCCACUGUGCCUCAUCCCCACGGUGACAUCUCCCCGGGAGGAGCAGCAGCUCCUGGCCAGCACCUCCAAGCCCGUGGUGAAGCUGCUGCACAACCGCAGUAACAACAAGUACUCCUACACCAGCACUUCAGAUGACAACCUCCUUAAGAACAUCGAGUUGUUUGACAAGCUGGCCCUGCGCUUCCACGGGCGGCUGCUCUUCCUCAAGGACGUGCUGGGGGACGAGAUCUGCUGCUGGUCUUUCUACGGGCAGGGCCGCAAAAUCGCGGAGGUGUGUUGCACCUCCAUCGUCUACGCCACGGAGAAGAAGCAGACCAAGGUGGAGUUCCCAGAGGCCCGGAUCUUCGAGGAGACCCUGAACAUCCUGAUCUAUGAGACUCCCCGGGGCCCAGACCCAGCCCUCCUGGAGGCCACAGGGGGUGCAGCUGGAGGCGGCAGGACAGGCCGAGGAGACGACGAGGAGGGCCGAGAGCACCGUGUCCGCAGGAUCCACGUCCGGCGCCACAUCACCCAUGACGAGCGUCCUCAUGGCCAACAGAUUGUCUUCAAGGACUGACCCUGAUCUUCCCACGUUUCCCUCCUGACACUGGGGCCCCCAGUCCCUCUCUCUUUCUCUCCCCUGCCCAGACCUCUGCCCUGGCUUUGCUGGCCAAGCCGUGGGUCUUCCUUUGUCUUUUUGUUGCAUGGGACAGGGCACAUUGGCCCUUUCCAUCCCUUCCCACUCCAUUGCAGACAGGACAGUAUAUUCCAGUCCCUCCCUGCAUCAGAGUCCUCAGACAGCCUGCGUUUGUUCCCACAGCCCCACCCUCGCCCUACAUCUCCCCUCACCAGCUGCUUUACAAUGGUUGAGAAUUCCUGUUCUCUUUUUUCAGUACAUUGUCCAUGCCAAAGUGUCAAGCCAGCCCCUUCUAAGCUGCCUCCCAACCAUCGUGCAGGGCCGUUUGCCUCCCUCCCUCCUUCACUGUGUAUUGAGCUGGCUGGGCCGACACCAGCUCAGCAAUCUUAAUGUGUUUCAUAUUAUUUAUUAUUUAAAUUUUCUAUUAAAUUAUUGGAAUAAAGUAGA